UAUGCACACAAAGCAGUUAGACCAAAGUGAAGCAUUAGUGUAUAAUUAUUCGUGAUUGAAUAUUAUUAUUUCAUUUACAAAAAAGUCUUCAAAUCCGUAAAUUAUGAUCCAUUUUCGUAUGCUUAUUUUUCUUUUUCUCUUUUGUGUUUCUUUGUACAAAAGCGAAAUUCUCGAUGAUCAUACUGCGGAAACAUGUUUAACUUCUGAAUGCGAUUUUGUCGCUUCCAUAGUUUCGGAGUAUAUGGACCCUACGGUAUCACCAUGUGAGAACUUUAACCAGUUUGUCUGUGGUACUUUUUUAAAUAAAACAAUCAUUCCGAAAGGCAAGCACUCGGUCAGCAGGUUCAGUAUCGUUGAGGACAAAAUUACGGAGCAAUUAAAAGCUAUGCUUGAAGAAGUAACUCAACCCAAUGAACCAAGAUGGAUUACACUUGCGAAAAAUUAUUAUAGUUCUUGCACGAACACAAAUGAGAUUGAAAGAAAUGGUCUUCGUGGAGUAUUCGGUGAUUUAAAACAGUUCGGUGGUUGGCCUGUGCUGGAAAAAUCGUGGAAUGCGACAAAAUACGAAUGGAAAGAUUGCACUUAUACUAUGCAGAAACUUGGAUAUGGAGCGAGUUACUUCUUUGGUUUCCAUAUCAUAACUGAUCCUUUGAACAGCAAAAAACGUGUUAUUAAUAUUGAUCGACCAACCUUUACUAUUGGUAGUGACUCUUUAGUGAAAGGGCUCAAUGACCCGAUGGUCACUGCCUACUUUGAUUAUAUGGUUGACAUAUCAGUCCUUUUUGGUGCUGACAGAAAGAAUGCCAGAAAAGAAUUAAAAGAAUCGCUCUGUUUUGAAAUAAAUCUAGCGAUGAUUUCCCAAAGUGAAGGCAAUGAAAGCAAUAAAGAUGAUCUAAAUAAUCGAAUGACAGUGGCAGAUCUAUCUGAAAACUAUGCGACUAUUCCCUGGAAUAUGUACUUGAACAAAUUGUACUCAGUUAUUGAAUCCGAGAUCGUAAUCAGCGACAAUGAACCAAUAGAGGUGGGCUCGCCUAGAUUUUUUAAACAUUUUGAAACUCUGAUAAAGAAUACACCAAAAAGGGUGCAGGCUAAUUAUCAUGUAUGGCAAGCAGUUCAGGAUAAUUUGAAUUUUUUGACUGAAAAAAUUUGGAUGCGCAACUUAGAGUUCAGAAAUAUGUUGUACGGUGAAAAUAAACUACCAGAUAGACGGCAGCACUGUAUCGAUCAGACACUUACAACUUAUCUAAGAUGGAGUGUUGGUGCCCUAUAUGUCAGAAAGCACUUCAGUAGAGAAUCGAAAAAAAGUGCAGAAGAAUUAGCACUUGCUAUACAAAGGCAGUUCGAGAAAAUGAUAUCAGAGGCUGAAUGGGUGGACGAAAUAACAAGGCUAAAUGCUUUAAAAAGACUUGCAUCUAUGAAAAAUUUUAUUGGAUGUCCGAGUGAAUAUUUCGAUGAUAAUACUCUAAACGAAUUCUUUAAGGAAGCGGAAGCAUCUCCGAACGAUUUCUUUAAAGCAGCAUCAACCAUUGCUGUUUUCUGUUAUAACUAUGAUUUCAAUAAAUUAAGGAAGCAUGUAAACACAGCACACUGGACUUUACAUGGCGAAACUUAUAUUGCAGGCUCUUUCUUUGCUUUAGAGGGAAACGGCCCUGAUGUCGCUGCUGGAAUCCUACGGGAUGUUUUCUUCAACAGGCAUGCGUUAAGUUAUAUGAACUACGCUGUCAUUGGUUCUUUUAAUAUAGGAUAUGUCAUGGCUUAUGUGUUUGCUGAUAUUGAUGCCUAUAUGACUCAAGAAACGCAAAAAAUAUAUCUUGCGAAAGCUGAUUGCUUUACUAAACAGUACGGGAGUUAUACUGUUGAAGAAGUCGGCCUUAAGAUAAAUGGUACCACAACGCAAAUGAACAACAUUCUUGACAACGCAGGUCUAAAAGCAGCUUACCGAGCCUAUCAAGAGUGGUCAGAACGACACCUACCCGAACCCAAAUUGCGUGGAUUAACAAAUUAUUCAAUAUCACAGAUUUUCUGGAUUCUUGCAGCUCUCCAAGAAUGUGAAAAAUACGAAACAGAAUAUUUGAAAGAAAUCGUUCAAAGUGGUAAUGUUAGUCCAUCAGGAUUCAGAAUCGUAGGUACAGUGUCUAACAGUCCAGAAUUUGCAAGAGACUUCAAUUGUCCGCCUUGUUCCAAAAUGAAUCCAGCUGAUAAGUGUUCCAUAUGGUAAACCAUUAUUCGAUAUAAACAUUCCACUAUUGUAUGAUUUUUGAAAUUUACUACAUAUGUUAAAUUUUCUGUUAUUCUGAAUUAAAAUUGAAAAAAAAUAAUCUUCUCACUCACUGCCACUUAACUGGUUUAGGACUAUAUAACGCGCACUUAAAUACUUGAAAUCAUAAAGAAUAUACUCAUGAAAUGCUAAUGUAUGUGAAUAAAGGUGACAGAAAAUAAAAAUUGUUAAAGCCAA